ACAGGGGGAGAGACUGUCGGGCACGAAUUCCUCGGCGCUCCUCAUAUUUCUCCAAACCUCUUCUCCUCUCGGCCAGACGCAGCGUCUUUCUCCUCUUCUGUCUACCCGCACCCACGUUCUCUUCAAAAUGAUGUUUCGAAGUAUUCCCGUACUUGUCCUUCUGGUCGUCGCCUUUUGUCACGCCGAGGAGGUGAAGAGCAAGUCGAAGGUUUGCGCCAACGUGUUCUGUGGGGCGGGGCGGGAGUGCGCCGUGACGGAGAAGGGGGAGCCCACCUGCCUUUGUAUCGAGGAGUGUAAACCCCACAAGCGCUCGGUGUGUGGCAGUAACGGGAAGACGUACCGUAACCACUGUGAGCUGCACCGCGAUGCCUGCCUCACCGGCCUGAAGAUCCAGGUGGCCCACGAUGGGCACUGCGAAGAGAAGAAAGCAGAGAAGGCGGUGGCCAGCCCCAUUGUGUGUUACCUGGGCGACCGUAACGAGCUGCGCAGUCGUGUGAUUGAGUGGCUGCAGGCCGAGGUCAUUCCCGAUGGCUGGUUCUCCAAGGGCAACAACUUCUCCGACAUCCUGCUCAAGUACUUCAAGAGCUACGAUAAUGGAGACUCUCAGCUGGACUCUGCCGAGUUCCUGAAGUUCAUCCAGCACAACGAGACGGCCGUCAACAUCAGCUCCUUCUCCGACGAGGAGAGCAACCGUCUGCUCAGGAGCCUGUGUGUGGACGCACUCAUCGAGCUCUCCGAUGAGAACGCAGACUGGAAGCUGAGCUUCAACGAGUUCCUCAACUGCCUGAAGCCCGGAUUCAACCCCCCAGAGAAGAAGUGCGCUCUGGAGGACGAGGUGUACGAGGACGGUGCGGAGACCCAGGUGGAGUGCAACCGCUGCGUGUGCGCCUGCGGGAGCUGGGUGUGCACCGCCAUGACCUGCGAGGGUAAGGACAAGCCCGUGUUGGAGGAGACAGACGGCGCGGAUCAGGAGAUGACGGAGGAGGAGUGGACUCGCCGUGUGGCUGAGCUCAAUAAACACCAGGAGACGGUGGAGAAGAUGAAGUCGAGCACGAAGGAGGUCUAGAGGAGAUGCUCGAGGCUGGGGGGAGGCAAGCGGAGAGCGCCUCCGGCCAUCAUCCAUCACUUGCUAUCAGGCUGAAGCUUGAAACGUUGUACUGUCGCCAAUAGGAUCAUUAUUACCUGUUUUAUUUGCCAUGAUUGUUAAUUAUGAUUAUUGUUUGUAAUGUGUAAUAUGAUAUUUUUGUUGCUGUUUGUUAGAAAGCGGAUGAGAGGGGUUAGUCAUUUGUGUUUGGUGUUACCAUAACCUGUCAGGUCCCAGCACUUUGGAUGGGGCAUUUUAAAAAAAAAUACAUAUUAUGUUUGACCUGUUGGAAAAAGAAAGUGUGCAACCACAACAAAGGCAAUUACAAAGCAAAAGGUAUCGAUGGAAAGGAGAGAGUGAGAGAGAGAGAGAGAGGAUAUGGUGAAGCAGAACCACUUGGUUUUGUUUGUUUGUUUUUUUUUGUUUGUUUGUGUAUUCGUUUGGUUAGGUCUGUGUGGCUCUGCGUGAGCGGUUGGUCACAUUUGUACAUCACACACAGAUGAGACGUGCAGCUUAGAGACAUGGAGCCGGCCACUUCUUCAGUGCGCAGAGAGGACUGUAGUUUCUCAUCACAGUUCCGGCACAAAAUGGCACCCAAUUUCCGUCGGCUUGUCAGGGGUACGACGCCAAAGUGAUCUCCUCAAGGAGAGCCAGGCGGUAUCAAAGGCCAAGUAUAAUUACUCCGUUGUAAAUGGUGCUUAUACAAGAUUAUAAAUCACUUAGGAAUGAAAUGCACCUUUGGGACUUUGAUGUUAAACUCAUCAAGCUUGGCCUGGCUGAUAGUGUACAGACUGGCGCCUACAUGCCAGAGGGGUAAUGCACAUGAUAGCCCUAAGGUUUUAUCGCAACUUUGACCCGAAGGCUUACGAUAAAGCACGAAACCCGAUGUGAUAACGUACUGUAGAUGUGCACCAUCUGACCCGGGGAGACGGAUAGACGCAGGAAUGUUGAAGGUUAAAAUUUACAGUGGUUGUAAAAGAAAACAUUUGGGCACUUCAGUGGAGUUAUCCCCUGCUCUGUACACGCUGAGUCCACACACAGACCGUCUCCUCUCCGACAUUAACAGCGGUCAUGUGACAUGCUUUUCAAGGUGCUGUGUAUCUAGUCUUCAGUGAUGUUCUUCUCGACUGUUUUUCAGUUUGGUAGAAAUCGUAAUGGCUCUCGUAGAAUUAGCAAUACUGUACAAAAAUGAUUGGGCACAUUCGUUAUUUUGAGCAAAAACAUACAGCUACAAGUACGGCUAGAUUAGUAUUCAAGGAGAAUAUUGCUUACAUCUGUCUUGUGCAACCUUUCAUCAUAAAAUAAUGUGCUGAAUAUUAGUUUAAAAGAACAAUAGGCUAUACUAAUUUGAAUCUGAUGCAAGAAUUUUGGUGCAUUUUUUAAAUAGUGUAGAUGUGUUUGUUCGAUAUUAGACCAGAUAUGUUCCUUUUGGCAUCAGGAUUGUGUUCAGUCAGGUGCAGGGUGAAAACGCCAGCUAGAGCAUCACCCAGGGAUGUGGAGAGUGAGCACAGCUUCUGCUGAUGUUGUGCGCUGUAGUCAGUACGUCAGUAGCUGGAGGUUUUGCCACAAGUUGACCCUUCCUUCUCCGGAAUGGGGCUGGUUGUGUCGGGAGGUGACGAGGUAAAUGCUGGGAUUAAACCGCGACAGGCACAGAAAUGUGAUCUCUGGUCUGCUCAGUGGAUGGGAUUGCCGAAACCAAAGCCUGCUGUAAGAUUUUGAAUAAUGUGCAGAACAAUAACUCCAGGUACAUCAAUGCUCUGGACCCAGCAACUACUCUAUACCUUUUAGCUUUCAAAGUUGAAUCUUAAAAUAAGAAUUAGAAUAAAUGUCAGCUGUGUAGUUUAGAUGCAUUUUUUAAAAAUGUUUGAGUUUUUUUUGAAGAGCCCACUAAUGACAAGUAUAUCAUGUGUGGUUAUCAGUGCCUUAAAAUGCUGAAAUAAAGAACAACAUCACAUGCAGAAGAACAUUGCUCAUCCAGCUGUGGUGAAUUUGAACAGAACUGAAAACAGCACAAAUGUAUUUGGCAGUAUUACCUUAAAACUUGCUCAUUUGUCUUUCGUAUUUUUUCCUUUAUGUGUGUUUGUAUGUGUCCUUCACUGUUCCCAGAGAAAAGCAAAACAUUUUUUAUUCUUGUAAAAGGUUAUUACUUCUUGUUUACUCGCUCAUUUAUUACAACUAAAUGUCAUACAAGACUUUGGGGUAUACAUGCCAAUAAACAAAAUUGCUACAAAUACA